GUUUGUCAUUAGGGGCUUGGUGGGCUAAUUAGUUUAGGAUUUACAGUACUGAGCGUUGAAGCCACUCGCUGCGGGCGGCUAACAAGAUUCUUCCUCCUCAACCGAGGGAAUGGGACGACGCCUCAUUGUUCAAAUUUUUCCUUCUCUUCCCUUAUUUGGCGCCACCGCGAAGGAGACAUCAAAUGUCGUUGGUGAAUCUGGACGCCACGGUGUGCACGGGUCCAUCCGCUUGACGUUCCAGUCCGAUUUCUUGGUAAACGACGACGACACGCCCCCUCAUCGACAUCGUGGGCUUGGAGAGAUAUGCGAAGUCCCAGGUCCCGCUUUGGCGCCGCUCCUUUCUUCGACUUUUUGGCUUCGCCCGCAGUCUGGGCAGAAUUGGCGCUACAGGUCUCUUUUUUUUUUCGGCAGCGCAUGGUCGCUCGACCUCUCUUGAUGUGAUGCGAGAGAGGCGUGUGUAUAUGCAUAUGUGGGAGAGAAAGCCAUCGCUCGAGAAGUGGGACGGAGACGACUUUGACAUCUGUUGUAAGUACACUUGGAUAUCCUCACUGUUCGUUCGCCCUACUCUUCAUCAUCCCUGUUAAU